AUGUCUCUUCCAUCUAGAUAUGCUCCCGAGGGACUAAGUGCCCAAAGUCAAAAGAAAAUAAUCACCGUAGGAAAACCUCGAGAGAGCAAGCCAAUUCAGUAUGUGAUUCGAAGGAUUGAAAAUAGAAUAGAUGAUGCACUGAAUUCUAGCGAAGAUAUUGAAAUGAUCCCAAUGGAUGAUGCUAGCGAGGUGAGUGUUAUAUCGAACUACGUUACGGAAAGGAGAGCAAAGAAUGAUUUGCCGGACUUGUUGGAACUGGCACUAGCUCAGCUUCAGUCCAAGAGUCAAGCUGUUCAACGCAUUGAGGAUGCAAAGGCUUAUUUGGUAAUAGAUACCAAUUUUAUAUUGUCACAUUUGAACAUUGUAAAUGGAUUGAAAGAAAUUGCUAGCAAUUACAACUACCAAUUGGUAAUACCGACUACCGUUAUACUGGAAUUGGACGGAUUAAAAAAUUCAGAAAGGAUACCAUCUUCAGAAGUUACAGGUACAGAUUCCAUAUCAGGAAAGUCUGUGGGGAUGUUAGCUCGUUGGGCAAACGACUGGAUAUAUUCUAGCCUUGCAGAUCUGAACACCAUAGUGAGAGGACAGAAAGUGGGAGAGAAAAUAGACUUCAAGACUACAAAAGAUGACUCUAUUUUGGAUUGCUGCCUUUAUUUACAAAAUCACCAUCUAAAGUCUGUAGUUGUACUAAUGUCAAACGAUAAGAAUUUUUGCUUAAAAGCUCUCAGUAACGAUAUUCUUACAGUAAGCUAUCGUCCUAAGAUGUCAGCACCUCUAAUUGCUGAAAUGGUUCAACGAGAAUUACUAGUUCGCUUUAAGCCAGAAGUUCAGCAUGACGUGGAAUUGAUGGAGGAGGAGAGCAUAGAAGAUGUUGGAGUACUGCAUCAGCAAGAGCAAAUCGAUUAUAAGCAGGUUGGGCAGCCAGCUCAACUUUCAACUGCUUUCUCACAGAAAGCAUCAUUAAUACAUCUGGAAGUUGAAAAGCUCUUAAUUUUUGCAGUAAAGAAAUGCAUGAAGUCCAAUUACGGAGAUGAUCUCGAUCUCGUCAGAAACUACGAUCUGGAUCAAAUUACUUCGAUUCAACAAUGUUCCCAACUUAUUGGUAGGUUCUGGCAAACAGUUUUUAGUACAUAUCUCAGGAGAUACAUAAAAAAGGAUGAUAUAACAAGUGGAUGUUUUGACAAUGUUCCAACAGAUACAGAGCAGUUCAAUACCUUUUUAGGCCACUGGGAACUCAUUCUUAAGGUAUUAUACGCAGAAGAAAUGGACACAGGCCAAAAUAAGUCACUCGCCAUACUAAUAGAAAGGUGGCAUAAUUUAUAA